GUGAAUGUGUGGUGGUGCUUCAAAGAUAAAGAAAGAGGCAAGCAGCCAACAAGUUCACGAGACCGUUGAAAAGACGUGUAUCUUCCGUUCUCCCGUAUCUCUUCAUUUUCUCUUCUUUCUUCUGCCCACAUGAUGCAUCGCAGAAAGCUGCUGUGGAGAGAGCUCUAGACAGAGCUAUCAGGCCGAGAGAACAAAGAACGAAAACCGCAGAAAUCGGCAGUGUUGUGUGACGCCGGAAGAAUUGGAGUUUCAAGCACUUGUGGUGUCUCGGGCAUCGACUCGAACGGAAGCACACCUCUUUAGGUUCACGACGGGGUUACACAAAACGCGCGACGUCUUAUCACGACCUCCAACACGGCGGCCUGUAAACAACAGGGCAGUUCAAAGACAAGAAAGAACAAGGGCGAGAUAUCCAAAUCAGGGCCGGAAAGCUGGGACGAAGCAGACGGGAUGGAUGUUCCAACAACAGGCCCCGCCCGUGCAGAUACAAACCCUGACCCACCGGACGCUGCCAUCAUCCCAACUUCAAAACAACAGGAUAAUCCUCGUCAUGAAGAGACAGCAACAGAGACGACCGCCGAGUCCAGCCUGUUUUCUAAGGCCAUUCUCUGGUCGCAAUCACAGUGGCAGUCACAACUGACGACGACGCGCGGCAGGUCCGGGAGUAGCCCACAACGACCGCCAUCCUCCUCCGGUUCCGUAUCUCCGCACCGAAUAACACCAAGCGCAACAUCACCACCGCCGCCUCUCGCUAUCCAUACCGGCGAUCCCAGCAGCACCCACGACGGCAACGUGAAUUACUAUCAUCAUCCACUUUCAACCAGAUUCGACGGUCGCGGCCAUUACAGCCACCGUCGCCUACCUUCGUGUUUUCAUGACACCACUUUCGGCCUUACUCAGCCAGACAUCAACACCACCAUGUCGCUUCUCAUAGUAGUCGCCAAGGCUGCCCAGUUCACCGAUGCUUUUCUGACGGCGCUGUUGGUCCCUCUUAUUCCCACCAUCCUGGAAACCAGAGCGGGAGUACACCACAAGCAUGUGCAGUUUUGGACAUCGAUCCUUAUCUCAACAUAUGGUGGCACAUUCGCAGCGGUAUCUUCAUCCGUCCCCUACCUUACCCGCCAAGGCCCUCUUCUUUGGGUCCUCCUGUUCGGCGGGCUUGCUCUAGCGGCGGGCUCCUUUGUCCUGCUUCAAUUCUACCGCAAUCUAUUCUUCCUCGUCCUCUCACGCGCCCUACACGGUAUCGCAGGUGUGGCCAUUGCGAGAGCCAGCUCCAGCUUGGUUGCCGGUGUGGUCUUGACUGCCAGCGAAGGCGAUGAUGAAGAGGGCGGAGGCGACGACGAAACUGCUGCUGUCGACGUGCUGACAUGGAUGACACCGGCGUUUAUCCAGAAUUUCGCCAUCUCGGUCGGCCCGGUGUCUGCAGGAUUGCUGCAUGGUUUCUUUGGCGGGCAGGCGGCGGUCUUUACACUGGCUUAUGCCGUUAUUGCUUUGACGGUUGUGUUUGGAAGUCUCGUAGCGGUGUUACUGCCGCCGGGCAGAUAUCCCAGGGCAAGAGGCGAUCGACACGAGGCAGAGGGUCUCCUUGCCUCUCGUGAAGAUUCGCGAAACUAUGGAACUCUCUCCUCCGGCGGGGGGUAUUCCUCGAGAGAAGUGUCUCCCUGCCAUGUCUCCAACCGAUCGAUCAGACGGCCCAGCCUGGCGGCCUCCGAAGUUACUGGUACUCAAGAGGGAGUGCUGACGCCCUCCAUGUUGCGACUUGUUGUGCCCAUGGGAGGAUACAUCGCACUUAGCCUGAUCGGAUCAGCGCUACAAAGUGUGCUACCGAUUUUCGUGCAGCGAACAUUCGAAUGGCCCAUGGCUGCCAGCGGCUUCGUCUUCGUCCCCCUUUCGGCUCCGGCGGCUUUGGUCGGCCUCUUAACGACCCCGCUUACGGCACGGUACGCGCAGGCUUCUCGAUUGCUAACAUCAUUCGGUUUCAUUGCGGCUGCUCCAGCUUUCACUUGUCUAGGCGGGUUGACCCAGAACAAGAUGACCGUUCAGACGGCACUACUGGCUACCCUUGGCUGGAUCUCUGUAGCCUUCGGUCUCUGCGGCGAGCCGUUAGUGAAGGAGAUUCUCGAUGCAGUCGCCGGUGGAGAGGAUGUACUUGGAACGGGUGGCCUGUCAACUGGCGCAGCAAAGGCUGAAAGUCUACCCAGUCUCGCCAAUGCCUGGGGCAGUUUCGUUGGCCCACUUCUUGUUGUAGCCGUUAUGGGAGUUUCGGGCUGGGGAGGGCUGACUACAACGCUUUCAUGGGUGUGCGGGUGCGCAGGACUAACCGCAUUAUUCUUCUUGGGCGGGCUGCUCACCGAAGCCAAUUUUGAGAGCGCCGGAACAUCGUCAGCAGAUUCGUCUGACGAGGAGGCGGCACCUUUGCUGGACAAGGGCGAUCCGCCUGACAGGUCGCCUUACUACCAAGAUCCACAUACAAGCCAUAGUGGAGGUCUUGACAAGCUUCAUCACGAAAUUCUCCAUGCACCUAAAACGGAGCGGAGCAACUUGACAUCGGGAUCGAGCAGCUCCUCCACGAGCAAGACUCGUCGCCGACAAUUUAGCGUAGGCAACUUUUCCCUCGCAACCACCACGCAGUCCACGCUGCCACCGGGCGAAGGUUUUCAGCCAGACGGCUCUACAGCCUCCCAACUCCGCUUUCAAGCAUCCUUCGAGACCGACUUACCGAUCCCGGCACGUCUCCAGAACCCCGAGCAUCGCCUCCUUAUGAAGAUGGUUCCUCACCUGCCGGAGACAGAUCCGCUCCUGGUUACUGGAAACCGCUACGCGGUUGAUCAAUCCUCAAAACAGUCAAACAAGAACGGCGACGAAGAAUCCGUGGACUCUAAAAGCAAGAAGCACGUAGUGGUAUUCGAAGAGGGCGCGGCGCCGCCUGAGCUGCUCCAAAGCCGACCACAUUACAUCGUAGCCAUCAAUCGCGAUGGUUCGCCUGAGGUGUUGUCAAAGGCUGAUCCGAAGUUACAUGAUCUUGCAAUGCACAUCUCGGAGGAGACGACAGACGAAGCGGCCGAGCAAGAGUUGCCAGAGGGCUCGAGGCGGUAUGUGGUAGUGGUGCUGAACGAAGGUGAGACGGGGCUGGAACUGACUGAUUGAGUUUGGAUAAUGGAGGCCAGGCAACGGCUAGGCCCAGUCAUAUUCGGAAGAGAAGAGAAGAGAAGAGAAGAGAAGAGAAGAAAAGAAAAGAGAAGUAUACAUACCCGAGGCGGAGUUGGAUAAGGCCCUCAUUUGUUUCUAGGAUUCGGUUUCGCUAGUACGUUUGCAUUGUUUGCUCGGGGUUUGAUUUCUUUUGGAUGUAUCGCAAUCCAUGUUGGAUUUCCUUGUCAUUAUCUUGCCACCUUGUCUUCAUUUCCGUAUUUCCAUGACGUCGUUCUGUUUGCAUUAUGUUAGCCAGCAAGAUAUCUUGAACUGAUUCCAGGAGGUUGACAUGGA